GUGAUCUCUCCGAAGGUGAUCUCUCCGGACGAGAUCCGCUCCCGGCUAAUCGAGGCGGAGGGGCGCGCGUGCACCGAGACUUUGCGGCUUGCUGCCCGGGCGCGCCGGCGCCCGCCGGACGCGCCAUGGCCUGGCGCGGGGCCGCGCACCCCGGAUGACAUCUUGGACAAGAAAGUGAUGCGGUGCCCAGAGGAUCUCUUGGCGAAUCACAGCGCGAUCCGGCGCUUCGACUCUGUGAAGGGCUGGCUGUGA